GUUUGUCCAAGCGGGACUCCGUAGUGACGUCAGGAGGAAACAUGGCGGCCGCCUUGGCGAGAAGACUGCCCGGGCUGCUGAGGCCGCUGUCUCUCUCUGUGGGCGCCAGGACACCACAGCUCUGUCGGUUCUCAAACCUCAUCCAGCCUACACCUCUGUGCGGCUCCGCUACAGCCGCUGUCCGUGCUCCUCUCCGGGGUGCAGUGUUGCAGACACCCCGGUGCAGCAUCCUGCAGCGGGUGUCGCCACUCGUUCCUGGUCUGAUUCAGCAGCCGAGCAGAAGUCUGACGUACUACAGUGUGAAGAAAGCCAAGAGGAAGAGCGUGAAGUCUGUAACGGACAGGUUCAUGCGGCUGCACUGCGGCCUUUGGAUCAGACGUAAGUCUGGAUACAAGAAGAAGCUGUGGAAGAAGCUGCCCGCCAGAAAGAAGCGCCUGAGGGAGAUUGUGAUCUGUAACAAGACGCAGAGCAAGCUUCUGGAUAAAAUGACGACCUCGUUUUGGAAACGGAGGACCUGGUACGUCGACGAUCCGUACAUGAAGUACCACGACCGGGUCAACCUCAAAGUGUGAUCUGCUGAGUCAUGUCUUCUGCUUUAAUAUAAAGUGAUAUUGUUGUACACAUGUUAAAUAAAUCUCUGUAUGUCCAA